AUGGCCUUAGUCAUUCAACAUUCCUUUCGGCAUGGGACCCGUUGCGCUGGGGAAGUUGCCGCUGCAGCGAACAACAGUAUCUGUGGUCUAGGAAUUGCCUACGAAGCUCGAAUCGGUGGAGUACGAAUGCUGGACGGUGACGUGACAGAUGCAAUGGAAUCUCGAUCACUGGGUUACAAUUUCCAACACAUUGACGUCUACUCCGCGUCUUGGGGCCCUGAGGAUGAUGGUCGAACUGUCGACGGACCAGGAAAACUGGCAAGAAUUGCAUUUAGAAAUGGAAUUCUGAAGGGGCGAGGUGGACUGGGCUCAAUUUUCAUAUGGGCUAGUGGAAAUGGAGGAAAAUUCGAAGAUGAUUGCAAUUGCGAUGGCUAUACUAACAGUAUCUACACACUAGGCGUGAGCUCAGCCUCUGAAUAUGGGACUAUUCCCUGGUAUGCUGAAACUUGCUCUUCAACGUUGGCUGUAACCUACAGUAGCGGAGGGCAGGGCGAAAAAGGCGUGCGUCCCGUGGAGAAUGAACGCUUUAUUGAUUCUCUGUUUUGGUCUUGGAAGGCUAGUGAUGACGCGAUUGUUUAUCAUAGAGGCGAAAACUACAUUGGUGAUGAUUGUGGUCCCAAAAUUGGUGCUUUCUACGUUAAUGCAUCAGCGAUUGUGGUUUUCGUCUAUACUACCUCCAUGGUGACCACAGAUCUGAAUCACACAUGCACAGACGGUCAUUCAGGAACAUCCGCGAGUGCACCUCUGGCUGCUGGAAUUUGUGCGUUGACCCUUUCAGCAAAUCCACGACUUACAUGGAGGGAUCUUCAAUAUAUUGCCAUUCACUCUGCCAGGCCUGAUGGGCUCUACACUAAUGACUGGCGGGUCAACGGGGUGGGCCGCCGUGUCUCUCAUGCGUUUGGUCACUAUCAGAAAUGGAGGAAUUGGAAUAAUUCCGGUUUCACUAAGCCAUAA